CCGCGGCACAGUUCGUUCUGCCUGAUUCUCGCGACUCGCGAGAGCCACGACCACGAUGGCUUCUCGUCCUUGUCCUCGCGCGUUCGCCAUCUGCCCGAAAAAUGAAAAGAUGACUCCUGGCAUAUGCAAGCUGCUAUUCGAGACGCCAUCCGGCUUCGCCAUUUUCUCUUUUGAUAUGCAAUACCUCCACAAAGAUAUUGAGGACACCUGGCACUACUUCGUGGGCGACUACUGGCACUACUGUAUCCUCACGCUGCAUGCUUUCCGAAAGUUCGAGGAUAAGUCCAGUGCCAUCAACAUCACCACCGGGGAAUUAGGCGGCCCACUGGCCAACCUGCUCUUUGAAUACUGCCUCACUGAUGAACUAAUCCUUGUUGGAAAGCCUGAAUACAAAUCAAUAAUCGAAGAGAAGCUGAGGCUGCCCUGCCGGUGCGAUGAGAUGGUCAUGGAGGUUAUGUGGGGUCUGCAGAAUCUCAUGCCUCUUUUAAUCCCUCAAGAACAAUCUGAGUUCACAAAGGCAGACCGGCUCCCCAUAUGCAAAGGAUUGGAUAUGCUCUUGUCUCGGCACGGCAUUAAUAAUGUCAAGCAAGAGCUGAUUAAUGAACAUAUUCUUCGGAUGGCUCUCAAGGUGUAUCAUGCUGAUGUACGUGAAAACGAGCAUUCAAUGUUCUUGCGCAGACGUCUUUACAAGGAUCUGAAGGCCUCUGGAUUUGAUGUCAAGAAUUGGGAUUUACUCAAACUUGUAACAGCGUUGAAGUCGAUGGUCGAUCCUGAUGGAACACGUCUUACAAGACGUGCCGAGUAUAAUGUAUUCUCGCCCGAGGAGCUUGCGCUGAUGGAUUCUGAAGCACCUAAAUAUGAAGAUCUGAUAGAGAGGGCCACAAUCUCGAAAAUCUACAAUGACAUUGUCGCUGUCCGUGCCUACGUGGUGAAAGUCCUCUUGAAACUGCGCCACUUGGUUAAGAAGGCUGAAGCGGCACUGAAAACUGAAGAUGUGCUGGAGAAGGCUGCAACAAAUGGUGUCAACUCCAUGCAUCAAGUUGACAAUACAUGUUUAGCACUGGAUCUGGUGGAAGUACCCAACCUAAGUAGCAUUGAUGAGGAGCAACAAUGUCAUAUCACAGAUGCAGAUGCAGAUGGUCUAGAAAUCUUGCCACCGAGUAAUAGUGCCGAUGCAGAUGGUGUAGAAAUCUUGCCACCCAGUAAAAAGUGUAGAAGGAAAGAUGCAUGAAAAUGAAGCUGAGAAUGCUAGUUUGGAGGAGCAUAGGAAUGCUAAUUUGGAUGGAGUCGGGAAUGACGUGACUGCGCAAGCUAAGAACAUUAGUGUGGAGAACAUUUCUUUGCUUGAAGAUAAAGUUGAAGAAGGGAAGUGAAUUGUAGGCAAUAGUACACAGGAUGCAGAUGAUGGUGAAGAACAGAGGCAUACACACAAUGUUGUUGCAACUUUUGGUGUUCUAAAAGCUCGCUUUGCAAUUUUAAGUAUGAAAGGAGUUCCAUGUCCAUAUAAACAUCAAGUCAAAAUUGCUAUGCUUGUUACAUUACUUGUAAC